GUUCAUUGAAUGCUUGCUUGCAGUCAAUACAGUACACAAUGAAAUGAACACAAACUGAGUCUUCAAUAGCUUUGAGACAAUCGUAUCAUUGAUUCAAUUGAUUGCAACACAUCUGUCAACUGAUCCCAAGACCAUCACCGCAAACAAUGGGUGUAUAUCUGUCGACACCGAACACGGAGUUGGAGUCAGAGGACGGCCGCUCCUCAAGACUGGUGUUCGGCGCGGCUUCGAUGCAGGGAUGGAGGACUGGACAAGAGGACGCGCACAUAGCGAUCGUGGACUACGACACCGACACCUCUUUGUUUGGUGUGUUUGACGGACACGGGGGCCAAGAAGUGGCCAAAUAUUGCGCCCAACGUCUGCCCACUUUCAUCAAGUCUUUGAAUUCAUACCAAAACCACAAAUUUAAUGAUUGUCUCGAAGAGGCAUUCCUCGAGUUCGACAAGACUUUGAUCCAACAGGAGGUGAUCAAUGACUUGAAGAUAUUGUCGGGCAGUCAGGACUUGGAGGAAGAGAACAGCGAAGACGACAUCAAUGAAGCGAUUCUUCUUAGAGAAGAGGCGGACCUUCCGAUGAAUGAACUGAUGGCGCGCUAUAACAACGCCGGCCCUCAAGAAGCUGGUGAUGAGGAAUGCAGUUCCAGUUCUGGGCCUAAACCACAACUGUCUCUGCCGUCACACAUGAAGAGUGAAAUGUCGAGUAAAUCGAAACCCAUUUCACCGUUUCUUAGGGCCAAGAGAACUGUCAUCGACGGCAACCAUCAAAAGGCUGAGUCUGUGGAGGAAUGCAGUUCGUCCAGCGCUUCGACUACUUGUCCAUCCGUUACCAACACUGACAGCCACUCGACAUCACAGCCCGACAGCACUGAUGGUAAUGAAGUGGAUUUGAAGUCAAACGAACAAACUGUUAGCGAAUCCGAUGAAUCAAAUUCAUUGAAUGGAAAGAAGACAUCGAAUGGAAAAGUUUUGUCGACAAACAAUGGUUCAGACUGUGAACCCACCAGUUCUAUAGGCGAUGUCGUGUCUGAUGAGGACAAACACAAUAAUUCUGGUGAUAUUCCUAAGACCUGUGAAACAGACAACAAUUGUGAGACAAUUCGCUCUGAAGAGCCGAUCACUUCAUUGCCGUACAAAGGAAAGGGUAAACACAAGAAGAUAGUGACGCCUAUAAAGGAUGAGUCCAGUGUUAAACCCGAUAGCAGUGAAGAGAGCGAUCAACCUAUUUAUGAGUACUUCUUACAAGACAUGGACGGAUCAGACGAUGAUGAGGACAGCGAAGAUGGGGAUGACUUCAGAGGAAAAGACGAGUCAUCUGAUGAUGAAGAGGAGGAAGAGGAAGAUGACGAGACUUCUGAGUCAGAGUCUGAGUCUGAAGAGGAGGAUGUGGAAGGAGUGGAGCCUAUGAUGCCUUCCUAUGAGAAACCUGGUUAUGACAGCGGCUGUACUGCUGUUGUGGCGCUUCUCAGAGGCAGUCAGUUGUUUGUGGCGAAUGCCGGAGAUUCUCGUUGUGUUGUCUCACGUAAUGGACGCGCGAUUGAGAUGUCUAUUGAUCACAAACCAGAGGAUGAGUUGGAACGGAAUCGGGUGGAGAAGGCGGGCGGGAAAGUGACUCAAGACGGACGGGUGAACGGAGGGCUGAACCUGUCGCGCGCUAUUGGAGACCAUUCCUACAAAAAUAAUAAAAACGUCUCCGACAGGGAACAGAUGAUCACUGCAUUGCCAGAUGUGAAGACAUUAGAUCUCGAACAAAGUGAUGAUUUUAUGGUCAUUGCCUGCGAUGGCAUUUGGAAUUCAAUGACUUCCCAACAAGUGGUCGACUUUGUCGGUCAUCGCAUUAACAAAACGGACAAAUUGUCUUCGGUUUGCGAUGAAUUGUUCAGAACAUGUCUGGCGCCCAACACUCACGGCGAUGGCACCGGAUGUGACAAUAUGACUGCAGUUAUCGUCAAAUUUCUGACCACUUCUUCUAAACGAAAGUUAGACGACAUCGAAGACGCAAAUCAUUCGGAAAGUGAGGCGAUAUGUGUGUCAACUGAAGAGCCGGACAACAAGAAAACUAAAACUAAUGAUUGUGUGAGCGAUGAUUCAAAUGCUGACCAAAAGAUAGUUGACGGAAAUGAUGGCAGCGAUUGAUUGGUGUCCUAUCAUUGCGUUCAAAUCAAGCCAUCAUUUUAUAGAUCCAACAAUUCAUUGAAGUUUUUUAAAACAAUUUUUCAUAUAAAUAAUGUAUUUGUCAUUAAGUAUACAGUAAUUUCAUUCAUUACUACUGAAC